AUGCCUGGAGCAAGCAAUGCAGAGACCAUUCGUAUCCUCAUCUCCACUGAUAACCAUGUCGGGUACAAUGAGCGAGAUCCCAUUCGUGGGGAUGACAGCUGGAAGAGCUUCCACGAAAUAAUGUGCCUGGCCAAGGAACGGGAUGUCGAUAUGGUUCUCCUGGCGGGAGAUUUGUUCCACGAAAAUAAACCAUCACGGAAGUCUAUGUACCAGGUCAUGCGGUCGAUUCGCAUGAACUGUUUCGGGGACAAGCCCUGUGAGCUGGAGAUGCUCAGCGAUGCAAGUGAGAACUUUCAGGGGGCGUUCAAUCAUGUUAACUAUGAGGACCUGGAUAUAAACGUGGCGAUUCCUAUCUUUUCGAUCCACGGGAAUCACGACGAUCCCUCGGGAGAGGGUCACUUGGCCGCACUAGAUCUACUGCAAGUGUCGGGUCUUCUCAACUACUAUGGUCGAACUCCGGAGUCAGACAACAUUCAAAUCAAACCUGUCUUGCUGCAGAAAGGCCGGACAAAGCUUGCGCUGUAUGGAAUGAGCAACGUUCGGGACGAGCGACUGUUCCGCACCUUCCGUGAUGGCAAGGUCAAAUUCUUCCAGCCGUCUGUCCAAAAGAGUGACUGGUUCAACCUGAUGUCUGUGCAUCAGAACCAUCAUGCUCACACAGAGACCAGUUACUUGCCAGAAAACUUUCUUCCCGAGUUUCUCGACUUGGUCGUCUGGGGCCAUGAACAUGAAUGCCUGAUAGAUCCUAAGCUCAAUCCAGAGACCAAGUUUCAUGUUAUGCAACCAGGAUCGUCUGUCGCAACGUCUUUGGUGCCUGGGGAGGCUGUUCCCAAACAGGUCUCGAUUUUGAGUGUAACAGGCCGUGAAUUCAAGAAUGAACCUAUCCGGUUGAAGACGGUGCGACCAUUUGUGAUGCGGGAAAUUGUAUUAUCCGAAGAAAAAGGAGCCCAGAAGCUUGCACGCAAAGAAAACAACCGCACAGAAGUGACUCGGUUUCUCAUGUCCAUUGUCGAAGAACUGAUUGAAGAAGCCAAUGCAGAAUGGCUAGAGAUGCAAGGCAACCGCAGUGAUGAAGACGAUGAUGAAGCACCGGAAGCUCCGCUUCCUCUUGUUCGUCUCCGUGUGGAGACUUCCACACCGGAAGGAGGUAGCUACGAUUGUGAAAACCCGCAGCGAUUCUCCAACCGCUUCAUUGGUAAGGUUGCUAAUGUAAACGAUGUGGUGCAAUUUUACCGGAAGAAAAAAACCGCUUCUACUUCGCGCAAGGAUGAUAAAUCCGUUGAUGAAGCUACUAUCUCUCAUCUAUCGGCCCUUGACACUGUCAAGGUCGAACAGCUGGUGCGCGAGUUCCUCUCAUCACAGUCCCUAAGCAUUCUGCCACAGAAUUCUUUCGGAGAUGCCGUUGCUCAAUUUAUUGACAAAGAUGACAAACAUGCAAUGGAAAUGUUUGUCAAUGAGUCCCUCGAGAGUCAGGUCAAGCACUUGCUGUCCUUGGACCGUGACGAUGACGAGAUGGAUGACGAGGAGAGAGAACAAAGCUCGUUAGUCACUGCGAUGGAGAAAUAUCGUGGUCAAAUGGAAAACAUGUUUUCAAAGGGCGUAAAAAAGCGAACUCGCGGAAAGAAGCGUUUUAAGCCUAAGCCAGAUGGUUGGGAUUCCGAAUUUGAUGGCGUGUGGGAAGAUCAGCCUGGUGCACUCAUUCAUUCAGAUAAUGAAGGUGGAGAUCCGGCAGAGGAAGAAGCUGCAGAGGAUGGGACAGUGCCCGCUCGUAGUCGUGCCACAGCCUCGACUCGGGGUCGUGGCAGGGGUCGUGGUCGAGGUGCGGCUAGUGCGGCUAGUGCGCGAACCACCAAGGCCAAAACUACCCCAGAAAACAAGACUACGAAGGGCCGCAAAAAGCAAGCAGUCUCAGACGAAGAGUCAGACGUGAUUAUACUAGAUGAUGAUGACGACGACGACGUUAUAGCCAAUGUCAUUUCCGAUGACGACGACGACGACUCGCAGGCACUAUUCGUCAAGCAGCCUCGCUCUAACACCACCGUGAAGCCACGGACAGUUGCGCCUACAACAGCGACGACUCAGCGCCGCGGUGGACGUGCUGCUGCCUCACCAGCUCCAUCAUCGGUAACUGUUAGUGGUCCUGUUUCUCGGCGAGCCCCUGCGCGUGGUAAACCAGCUCAGUCUACGCUCAACUUUCCCGCUUCACAGGCCAGCGCGCCUCAGUCAUCACGACCUAGCCGCUCCACCCGUAAUCUGAGUGUCAUCAGCGAUGGUAUUGAUGAUGACGACGAUGACGAUGACGCCUUUGAAGAAAUGCCAACCACCUCGAGGCGUCGUAGGUAA